GAUCUCUCACGUAGGACAAGAUGGUACCUGCUGCACAGCUGGGUUUCAACCUGCAGCCCCUUCUGGAACAGCUCAGCCAGGAUGAGCUGAACGAGUUCAAGUCUCUGUUGAGGCCCCUUUCCCUGCAAGAUGAGUUACAGCACAUCCCUCCAACAGAGGUAGAGGAAGCCGAUGGGAAGCAGCUGGCAGAAAUUCUCACCAACCGCUGCCCCAGCCAUUGGGUAGAGAUGGUGACCAUCCAAGUCUUUGACAAGAUGAACCGAACAGAUCUGUCUGAGAAAGCAAAGGAUGAGCUCAGGGGUAAGCACUUGCACAAGUGCAGGGAGAAGAUGUCACAGACCCAGAAGAAGCGAAGGAAGAUUCGAAAGGAGAGGAGCCAGCUAUGUCCUUCCUAUCCCCUACCUCCUAUCACCGAAGGUAAACAGGAUGAAUAUAGAAGUAUAUUGGAAGAGGAGGUCUGGCAAAGCAGGAAGAAGAACUUUUGGCCAGAAGCCAGUGAAAACAUCCACAUGGUCACCCAGAGAUACGAGACACUGGUCCCAUCCUGUAACGCUAAAAUGCUUGCAGGGCCAUUCGCACAGACGGUGGUGCUUCACGGUGCCGCGGGCGUCGGGAAGACCACGCUGGCCAAGAAGUGCAUGCUGGACUGGACGCAGGCCGGCCAGGCCCGCGCCCGCCCCGCCGCCCUCUACCUCAGCUGCAAGGCGCUCAGCCGCAGGGGGCCGUGCACCUUGGCGGAGCUGCUGGCCGACAGCGCCCCGGGCCCGCGCGGGGCCCUUCCGCGGCUGCUAGCGCGGGCGCGGACGCUCCUGCUGGUCAUCGACGCUUUCGAGGAGCUGCACGUGCCCGCCGCGGCGCUGGCGCGCGACCUGGGCGGCGACUGGGGCGCGCGGCGGCCGGCGCCCGUGCUCCUGGGGGGCCUGCUCAAGAGGAAGCUGCUCCCCGCGGCCACGCUCCUGGUGACCACGCGGCCCGAGGCCCUGGGGGAGCUGCGGCUAGUGGUGGAGCAGCCGCUCCUGGUGGAGGUCGAGGGGCUCUCGGAGCCGGAGCGCAGGGAGUAUCUGCGGCGACAGCUGGGAGGCGAGGCUCAGGCGCAGCGCGCUUGGCAGCUGAUGAGAAGCAACGCGGCGCUGCUCCGCCUGGGCUCGGCGCCCGCCGUGUGCUGGAUGCUGGGCGCCUGCCUGCGGCUGCCCGCGGACGAGGGCAACGACCCGGGUCGCACGUGCCGCACCGCCACGUCGCUGCUGCUGCGCUUCCUGUGCAGCCGGUUCGCGCCCGCGCCGGGCAGCUGCCCGCGCCCGCGCCCCCGGGCCCCGCUGCGCGCCCUGUGCCUCCUGGCGGCCGAGGGCGUGUGGGCGCAGACCUCGCUGUUUGAGCCCCGGGACCUGCGCAGACUGGGCGUGCGCGAGGCCGACCUGCGCCCCUUCGUGGACCGGAGCCUCCUGCAGGAGAGCGGCGAGUGCGCGGGCUGCUACCGCUUCCUGCACCUGAGCCUGCAGCACCUCCUGGCGGCCGCGCUCUACGUCCUGGGCGGCGGUGAGGGCGGCCCCGGCUGGAGCGCUCGCGGGGUGCGGAGGCUGCUCUGCAAGGAGGAAGGGCGGCGGAACCCCCACCUGGCCCACGUGGGGCGCUUCUUGUUCGGCCUCGCCAACGAAGACAGGGUCAGGGAGCUGGGGGCCGCCUUCGGCUGCCCAGUGUCCACGGAGCUCAAGCGCGAGCUGUUGGCGUGCACCGUGAGGUCCCCCGAGAACGGCCCCUUUUCCUCGGUGACGGACACGAGGGAGACCUUGUGCCGUCUCUACGAAUCGCAGGACGAACCGCUGGUGAAGGAAGCCGUGGCCCAGGUCACGGAAGUGUCCCUGCACUUGAAAGACCCCACGGACCUCGCGCACGCGUCCUUCUGCCUCAAGCAUUGCGAACGGCUGCAGAAACUGUGUCUGCGGGUGGAAAAGGGCGUGUUCCUGGACGACGACACCGCGUCGGGGUCCGAGGCCCGGGCUGCCGGGUCCCAGAAUGAUGAAUAUGUACUUCCUUUCUGGAUGGACCUUUGUUCCGUAUUCGACUCCAACAAGGAUCUGGUAUUUCUAGACAUCAGUCAGACCUUCCUGAGUACCUCAUCAGUGAAGAUUCUUUGUGAAAAACUCUCCUCUGCUACCCAUAAUCUUCAGAAAGUGGCCCUCAAAAAUAUUUCCCCAGCGGAUGCUUACCGGGAUUUCUGCAUUGUCUUUGGUGGUCACGAGACACUAACCCAUCUGACCCUUCAAGGAAAUGACCAGGAUGAUAUGCUUCCCAUAUUGUGUGAGAUCUUGAGACACCCCAAAUGUAAUCUGCAAUGCCUCAGGUUGGUAUCUUGUUCUGCCUCUGCUCAGCAAUGGGCCCAUCUCUCCUUCUCCCUCGAGAUCAACCAGUCCCUCACAUGCCUCAACCUGACAACAAAUGAGCUUACAGAUGAGAGUGCCAGGUUGCUGUGCAAGACUCUGAGACACCCCAAGUGCUUCCUGCAGAGGCUGUCGUUGGAAAACUGUCACCUUACAGAAGCCUGUUGCAAGGAGCUCUCCUCUGCUUUGAUCGUCAACCAGAGUCUGACACACCUGUGCUUGGCAAAGAACGCUCUCGGAAAUGGAGGGGUGAAACUUCUGUGCGAGGGCUUGAGUUACCCGGACUGUCAACUACAGACGCUGGUGCUUUGGUACUGCAGCAUAAGCAGCAAUGGCUGCCAUUAUCUGUCAACACUUCUCCAGCAAAAUUCAAGCCUUACGCACUUGGAUCUGGGGCUGAAUCACAUAGGAAUUACUGGACUGAAGUUUCUGUGUGAGGCUUUGAAGAAGCCAAUGUGUAACCUCAAAUGUCUAUGGUUGUGGGGAUGUGCCAUCACCCCUUUCAGCUGUGAGAUUCUCGCAUCUGCCCUUGGCAACAACCGGAGCCUGAUCAGUCUGGACCUAGGCCAGAAUUCCUUGGGAUAUAGCGGAGUGAAGAUGCUGUGUAAUACCUUGAAACUUCAGAAUUCCUCCCUCCGGACACUCAGGUUGAGGAUAGAUGAAUCUGAUCCUCGAAUCCAGAAGCUGCUGAAAGAAGUCCAAGAAAGUGACCCACAACUGACCAUUGAGAGUGAUAAGCAAGAUCCAAACAAUAACCGACCUUCUUCACAUGACUUCAUUUUCUGAAUCCCCUGGAGUUCUUGGUUCUCCAGUAAAGUCUGAGGUUGUCAAGGUGAUGGGGGAACUUCCUCUGAGCCCUCUCAGUGAUGUUAGGUAUGGGGCCAGAUGUUCUUUUAGCCUUGGGGGGGGUGCCUUUGGCUUCCAUAAAGCACACACAAGUGACUUAGCCCUGUUUUGGGUGGAAUGUCUAUACCUCGAGUCUAUCAAGAGAAAUAAAGGUGAAAGCAUUCAUGAA